GACACCCCAAGGACGAGAGCCAAGGUGCUGGGGUACAGCUGAGCACUGGGACUUGUGACCGUUGAGGGCGUGCAUCGACCCUCCCCGCACGCAACGAUACUCAACCAGCAGCAGGAAGCUGAUUACACUUACAGCAUGAUCCACCAGUAAGCCCCUUCUAGCUAACAGGGUUGCUUUCUCUGGAAGGGAAUUAAGAAAAUCAUGGUGAAAAGAGCCUGAGGAGCGGUCCCUGCAGACGCUGGCUGAACACGAGCCCCUGGGUCGCACGACAGUCCGGUCCUUCUCAGCCCACGAUGGGGAAAGGAGCCAAAGAACCAAAUUGUUCAGACCAAGAGGAAGUGUUGAGUAACUGCAACGAUGUAGAGAAAGAGUACGAACAGGGCUCCAACACCGAGAAGUCAGACAGGGAAAGAUCCCGCUUGUUGCGGGUUUUCAUCCCCGUGUGCGUGGUGCUGGUGCUCACCAUCUUCGUCCUGCUGGUGGCCUUGGCUGUUGUACAUUUGGGACGCUCUUUGCCUCACCCGGACUUCUCCCACGUGUGCCCAGACACCUGGCUUGGUUUCCAAGGGAAAUGCUAUUAUUUUUCUGAGGCCGAGAACGAUUGGAUGACCAGUCGGGAAAGGUGUGAGGCCCUGGGAGCUUCACUGGCCCUUAUAAGCACCAUGGAUGAACUGGCCUUCAUUAAACGCUAUAAAGGCGAAGCUAACCAUUGGUUUGGGCUGCAAAAGGAGAAGGAUGGGAGCUGGUGGUGGACCAACGGCACAGCCUUCAACAACUGGUUUAAGGUGUGGGGUGGUGGAUCCUGUGCAUACCUCAACCAGGAGAGGAUCAGCUCAUCCCUGUGCCACACCAAGAAGAACUGGCUCUGCAGCAGACCAGACAACUACAUCCUCUGGCAGCAAAAAGCAUAUCCAUCAAAAAAGACCCCAUAAACAGGAGCUUCAUCCCAGGUGAAGGAGAACUGAGCACAGUUUGCUUUGGUAAAACCUUAUACCCGACU